AUGCUGCUGCCUCGCUCCUCAACCCUCUCAGGACACAUUAAGUUCUGCUUCCUGACCUUAGCUGUCCUUGUGGUCCUGGCUCACACUUCCCCAGACGGAUGGCUCAAAACGUGCUUUUAUGGGCUGGGCAAAUGCAGACAUGAAUGCAAGGCAAAUGAGAAGAAGAAGGAGAGGUGUGGGGACUUCACUAUUUGCUGUGUUCCAAUAUUAAAGUCGAAACUGUCCACCUUACAUCGGACAAAGAAAGAAUUGAUUGCUUACUGCCCCCUAGCCCCCAAGUCCCUAAUCACAGAGGACUGUCCAAAGAUAGUCAUGUCCAAUGACCAUGAGGCAACCACUCCUGCCCUAAGAAGAUAG